UAUGCACAUUGCACAUGAUUCAUCAUUCAUGUGAAUUUAAAUUUUUAAAUAAAAAUCAAUUGUGGUCAUGUACAUCGGUUUAUAAAAUCUCAAAUUUCUGCUAUCAGUAAUUUAACCACUGUGCAGAUUUAAGAGUUAUUCAAUUUUAAUUGAUUUGUGUUUACCUGCUGAUAUCAGAAACAUAUAGUAUCACAAUGGCUACUACAAAGCGAAGUCAACCAGCAUGGUCUUGUGACCAAGUGUCUGAUACACCUCGCUUAAAGUUGUUCAACAGCUUGACUAGAAAGAAAGAAAUAUUCAUCCCGAAAAAUGAGAAUAAGGUGCAUUGGUAUAGCUGUGGACCUACAGUGUAUGAUGCUUCACACAUGGGGCAUGCUAGGAGUUACAUUACAUUUGAUAUACUGCGUCGAGUGUUAAAGGAUUAUUUUCGUUAUGAUGUUGAAUAUGUUAUGAACAUCACAGACAUUGAUGACAAAAUAAUCAAGCGAGCACGACAAUUACAUUUGUUUGAAGAGUAUGUAAAGACAGCAACCGAUAAACAAAUUGUGCAAAAAGAUAUUCUUCUGGCUCUAGGUAACCUAAAAAAAGAUAUCGAACAGAUGGAUCCUGACAAAAAAGUAAUGACAUUAAAAGCUAUAGAGAAAUUGACCUCUGUUUCUCAACUUAUUGAGGGUUCAUCAUUGGAUGAUAUAAAAUUGGCAUUAAAUGAAAUCAAAGAUUCAUUUGGUGCUUAUUUAGACACUUUAAAUAGUGCAGAUAUUCCUGAUAACAGUAUAUUUGAGUCUCUACCUAGAUUUUGGGAAUCAAAUUUCCAUUCAAAUAUGGCUUCUUUAAAUAUUUUACCACCAGAUAAACUUUCUAGGGUGAGCGAGUAUGUCCCUGAAAUAAUAGCUUACAUAGAAACAAUAAUAAAAAAUGGUUAUGCUUAUGAAUCUAAUGGUUCAGUGUAUUUUGAUGUUGCUGCAUUUGAUUCUCAACCUGUUCACCAUUAUGCUAAGUUGGUUCCAGAAGCAUAUGGAGAUUCAAAAUCCCUUCAAGAUGGAGAAGGUGAUCUAACAACAAGUGCAGUCAAUGAAAAACGUUCUCCUAAUGAUUUUGCUCUUUGGAAAAAAUCAAAAAAAGGUGAACCAUGGUGGGACUCUCCUUGGGGAAAAGGAAGACCUGGCUGGCAUAUUGAAUGCUCUGUUAUGGCUUCCUGUAUAUUAGGUCAAACAUUAGAUAUUCAUACUGGUGGUAUUGAUCUUAAAUUUCCACAUCAUGAUAAUGAAAUCGCUCAAGCAGAAGCCUAUUACAACAACAAAGAAUGGGUUCGGUACUUUUUGCAUUCUGGUCACUUAACAAUUUCGGGAUGUAAAAUGUCAAAAUCUUUGAAGAACUUUAUUACCAUUGAAGAUGCUCUCAAGAAGAAUACAUCAAGGCAAUUGAGACUUGCCUUUUUGCUACAUUCAUGGAAGGACACUUUAGAUUAUAGUGAAAGCACUAUGGAGUCAGCUAUGGCUUGUGAAAAACUUCUUAAUGAAUUCUUUUUAAAUGUGAAACAUGUAACUAAAAGAAAUGAUAUUAAUAAAUUAGCCAUUGGAUAUUCUAAAUGGUUAUCUUCUGAAAUAGAACUGAGCAAAAAAUUCAAUUUAUGCAAAUCAAAUGUUCAUGCAGCAUUGUGUGAUAAUAUUGAUACAAAAACAGUAUUAGAAGCAAUCAGAGAAUGUAUAUCUGCCUGUAAUGUAUAUUUAAGAGACUGUGAUUCUUCUGCCGUGAAUCAUACAUUAUUAUUGGAUAUAGCUAAAUACAUCACUGAAAUAUUAAAAGUAUUUGGUAUUAAAACAGCUGAUGAAAUUGGAUUCCCAGUGAGUGAAGGAAAUUCUUCAAGUGAUGUUGAGACUAUUGUCACUCCAUACCUAAACAUUUUAUCAGAUUUUCGUGACUCUGUUCGUGCUAUUGCUCGUUCAAUAUCUUCUAAAGAUAUACUAAUCUUGUGUGAUAAACUCAGAGAUGAAAUUCUUCCUGAUAAUGGAGUUCGUUUAGAAGAUUUUGAUGGAAAACCUACUGCUAUUAAGUUUGUGGGGCGAGAAGCAAUUUUACGGGAAAGAAAAGCUAAAGCUAAAGCAGAAGCAGAAAAACUUGCAGAAAAAGAGAGAAAGAAAAAAGAACAAGAUCAAGCAAAGGCAAAAAAAGAAGAACUUAAAAAAAUACAUCCUAAGGAUUUGUUUAAAUUAGAAACUGACAAAUAUUCAGAAUUUGAUGAAAAUGGUUUACCAACUAUUGAUAUUCAAGGUAACAAAAUUAGUAAAGGGUUGACCAAGAAGUUACAGAAAAUUCAAUCAACUCACGCAACUUUACAUAAAGAGUAUUUGGAAAGUAUUGACAAAAUUUGAUAUAAAAAUAAAAAUUGAAAUCAUA